AUGUACAGCACGCAUAACAGGCCACUUCUGGUUCAUCAAAACCAAGAAUACAAUCCUAGAAGAUAUUCCAAUAACAACUUCAACAAGAACAAUAGCCAUAACAACGGCAGUGUGAAUUCCAGAAGCCGUCGCAAAGAUGAAUAUGAUCCAAGUAAAUCUUAUCCAAGUUAUGAUUAUAGUCUCCCGCUAAUCCAACAACAACACUAUUUCAGAUCACUAAGGGGCCAGCCUAACGACUUCUCUAACCAGUAUAUUCACAAUGGCCAAUUCCCAACUGAUCACAUUCCAAACAUUGAAUCUUCUGUUGAAGGAUAUCCAAAGCUCAAGAAGCUAUUGGAUCUCAAAGAAAAGAAAAAUUCUGAGCAUUUCACUCAACCGUUAGGAUGCAGAGUUGCUCCAGAAAAAAUGGUACAGGUAUUGAUUCAAUGGAUAUAUAAACACAAUUUGGUAUUUGAUACCAUAAUGAUUGGCUCAUUAACCGAAAAUCAACAAGUUCUACCAAUUUUGAAUCAAAUCCCUCUUGAAAAGCUUGCCAUACGCCCAGGGUUUCUCUAUAUUUGGGGAUCUUCUCACAAGUUGAAUGAACUAACUAAUCUGAUUCAAGGAAGUGGAAGUAUGCACAAUUCUUGGAGCAAACAUUUUCGUCGAAGUGAGGAACUAGUGUUCACUAAAAAUGUGGAAAGCGAUGGAAGCUACAAAGUUGAAGAUGAUGAUAGCUCCAUUCUCACCAGAAAACAGUGGCACUGCAGUAUGUGCAUAACUGGAACUGUCAAAAGGGACGCUGAUGGACACUUGGUUCAUUGCAAUAUUAAUCCAGAUUUAAAAGUUGAAGAUGAUGAUGAAGAGUCUAAUCCAAGCUCAGUUCCAGAUUCAAUGUAUAAGGUCGCUGAAAAUUUUGCUUCUGGAAAUAGAAGGUUGCAUAUCAUACCCUCAAGAACUGGGCUUAAUACUCCAGUAAAAUUGCGGAGAGGUUGGGUUAUCAUGAGCCCCGACGUAUUGCUUGAUAAUUUUGAUCCUGAACAAUACAAGAAGGAUAUCACAAGACUUGGUCAUAAUGUUUCGCAAGACGCAGAAAUUGAAAUGCUUAGACCAAAGUCUCCUGAUUGGAAGGGUAAACACUGA